GCUUUCAGCUAACCACCGACGAAUGCGGUGGCAACAGUGCGGAAUUUCGGAUGAGCUUACGUUGGUUAUAUCGCGUAAAGCACGUUGCCAGUCACAUGUUCACUGCAAUCGGCGUUCCCGCCAGUAUCGAGGGAGAUUUGAAUUUUUUUGCGGGUUUUUAAUUUUUUCGAAAUAUUUUAUAAACUGAUGAGGUUCGAGGCGGAAUUUCGGAGAACGCUUCUCUCGUAAAACGUUUUUAAAUCUGCUAGUGCUGCUUCCGCCAUGAAGUGAUUAAAGCUUUGGUGCAAGUGAAGGCUGAUACAUUUUUUUGCUAUGGAAUUUGUCGGGCCGCUUUUGUCGCUUCUGUAUCUUCUACCGACGUGUCAUAGUAUUUUAAAUGGAGGGUCCAUUUAUAGCAAUCAAGCAAAUCCUAGAUUCGUUUCGAGAGGAAACACGUUUAAAGUAGUCACCGGCGAUACAGUUGUUUUGCCCUGUGAAAUUCACAAUUUAGGGCCUUUCGUGAUAGUGUGGAAAAAAGGAACGACCCUUCUCAGUGCGGGCCAGCAAAAGAUAUCCAUGGAUCCGCGAGUUUCUCUGAUAGGUUACAACUUGCAAAUCAAAGAAAUAAAACAUUCGGAUCAAGGAGACUACACAUGCCAGAUAGGAGACGGCACGCAAGGAGAUCUAAUUCACACCAUCGAAAUAUUAAUGCCUCCAAGUAUACAAAUUGUUCCGCCCAGUGGACAAGUUGUCACUCGCAAGGGUGGACCAGUCUUCUUUGAAUGUAAAGCCAACGGAAACCCAACACCGACAGUUCAAUGGUCAAAAAAGGAUGGUUUACUUCCGUCGGGGCUGCAGGUCGAAACUGGUCACAUGCUCAACAUAAACGAAGUGCAGAGACAAGAUGCCGGAAUAUACUUAUGUACGGCGUCCAACGGAAUCGGGCAACCAGUUACUGGAGAAGUCAAGCUUCAUGUUUUAUAUCCUCCGGAAGUUAGCGUACUACGCUCUUGGGUCAAUUCAGGAGAGGGCCUCGAGGCAAAAUUAAAUUGCGUGGUACAUGCUGAUCCUCCAGCUGAGGUUACCUGGUAUCAAGAUUCAUUUCAACUUCAACCCACGGACAGGCGAAUUAUGUCGAAAAAUAGUCAGACCCAUACGUUGACAAUCAAAAAUGUACAACUCUCUGAUUUCGGAAACUACAGCUGCCUCGUAUCUAACUCUAUAGGACGCGAUAAGAGGUACAUAGAACUUUCGGGAAAGCCGGGUCCCCCGAAAAUUAUUAGCCCGCAGUAUUCCAACCCUCAUGAGCACGAUUUAAAAUGGGUUGUGCAAUCGGUCUUUCCCAUUGUCGAAGUGAGGAUAUUAUAUAGAAAAGUUAUGAUUAACAACUCAUACCAUCAUCCCGGGCAAUGGCACGAUUUGCUUGUUAAGCCUAGUCAAACGUUCAGCGUCUCUACAAGCGAAAGAACGCAAUGGUAUCGCCUGCACAAUCUCCAAGCAGAUUCAGCAUAUGAAUGCUUAGUACAGACGAAAAAUCAGCAUGGAUAUGGAGAACUGUCUGACUUGCAUCAAUGGUAUACUUCGCCAAGGGGUCGAAGAAUAGUGCUCAGUAAAGCGAGCGUUAAAAGUGUUAAAAGUUUUGCUCUCUUGUGGACUUGUAUUUGGAUUUUUUCGCGUUUAAUCGUGUAACAAUCAUCCCAAGUGCACAUAGUUUAUUUUAUUUAAAUUUUAAUAUAGAACGAAAUGAUAGACGACAAAAUGGGACUUUUUUUUGAGUUUCUAGCAAUGUCUAAUACAUUUUGCACAACGAACUGAAAAGUUGUUAUCCGCAGGCGACCAUUGUUCUUAUUUUCUUGCGCAUUCGCCAUUUUGUGAUCAUUUCGUGUUUCAGUUUUAAUAAUUUUGAUAUUCAAUGUAAUCACCAGCAUUGUGACAAAUUCAAAUUUGAAGUUAAAUUUAUACAUUUAUUUAUUAUACAUAUUUAGGUUCUUCCUUAUUGUCUAGUUUUUAUACAAUGGAUAUAUAAUUGUUUCAUUCACGAGGGUAUUAAUUAUAAGGAGAUUGCAUGUGUAGUAUUACAAUUAUUGGUCAUACAAAUUUCUUCAUGCUUCACUUUCAACUAUUAUUUAUAAUUUAAGAGCAUAUUUGACUAAUAUUCGCCUUUGUGAUUCGUCAGUUUAUUGCUUCAAAGUUCAAUUUCAACUGAUUAUAAUUUGAAUUAAAUAUUACAUUUGGCUAAUAUUCGCUUUUGUGAUUCGUUGGUUUGUUAAAACCGCUUGAAAAUGUGUGUGUCUUAUACUGAUGAGCUUUGUAUUUUAAUGUAUUGUAUUUUAAUGUAUUUCAUACCGGAACGGUACUGAAAAAACAAACGAAACCUUUUUUUAAUUUAUUAAUUUUAUUUAUUUUACUAUAAAAACAGAAAUGUCAACUUUCUCUUAUAAAAUGUUUCAUAUUUAAAAUGUCGCCGUCAAAAGUUUAUUCUCAUAAACUAGAUCGUAAUAUAUUUUCGUAGAUAGACCAGAUAUAUAGAUUUCGAAACAAUUCACAAAUAUGUUGUAAAUUAAAUGAUGUAUAUAAUUGCGGUAUGUUCACCUUAUCAAAGUAAAGGAAACCUACAAAUUAUAAAUUUAUGACAAUUUAGUCAUUGAACGAUAUGUUCGUCUAAGAUUUGCCAGUUGUUUAUAUGAAAAGAAUAAAUAAAAGUUAAAGAAUUUGAAUAAGAAAUAAUUUUUUUUAACCAGAUGCGCUACUGUGAAACUGUGCUAAGAUAACCAGGUAUGUUGUACCAGUAGCAAUUGCCUAAAAGUUUAAAGCAAGAAAUAUUUAAAUUA